GGAAGAAUGCGGAACAGAUUCACUCCCACAACUCAACAACACAACAUUCACUGCACAGUUCCUUUACUGUUGUACACUAAAGGCCUGAAACUGCGGUGUGUUAUCUCAUUUGUGUUUUGGCUAUGAUCAGGUGUAAUGGAAGGCAGUGCUUUGACUGCAGAUGAAGACUCUCUCAUUGAAGGUGUGAGUGACCCUGUUCUGCUGGUUCUGGUGCUCAGCAUCACAUUUCUGGCUGGACUCGCAGUGCUGCUGUGCAGGAAUGAGCAGCAGAGGAUUCACCCGGAGAAUCAGGAGCAUGUUCGUGCAGUCAGAGAGCAGCUUCAAACUGAGCAGGUGUCGUCUUCAGAGUCGAGACAUCAGUACUAUUCAGACAUGUCGUGUCCCGUGUGUCUCCAGCUCGCCGUUCUGCCCGUAGAGACCAACUGUGGCCAUCUGUUCUGCGGCCCGUGCAUCGUUGCGUACUGGCGUUACGGCACCUGGCUCGGUGCGAUCAACUGCCCCAUCUGCAGACAAAUGGUGACCCUGCUCUUCCCUCUUUUCCACAACACGGGCCACAACGCUCAAACACAAGACGGUCAGGUGGAUCCGGCUCUGAUUCUCAAUGACAUCAACGAUUACAACCGCAGAUUCUCUGGACAGCCGCGAUCUCUGCUGGAUCGUCUGCGAGACGUGCCCACACUGCUGCGUCAUGCGUUCAGAGAGAUGUUCUCGGUGGGCGGUUUGUUCUGGAUGUUCCGCAUCAGGAUUCUGCUGUGUCUGAUGGGCGCUCUGAUGUAUCUGGUGUCACCGCUGGACUUCAUCCCGGAGGGAGUGGUGGGUCUACUCGGCUUCAUGGACGAUUUCUUCGUCAUUCUCCUCCUCUUCAUCUAUAUCUCCAUCAUGUACCGCGAGGUGGUGACACAGAGACUGGCGGGAUGAAUGCCAGCGCAGGACUGAUGCGUGUGUGUGAACAUCUGAGCCAUCACAAGUGUGCUUGUGUUUCUAUUUUAAACUUUUGUUUGGUAGAAUAUCUGAAUACCUGUUUCACUGCACUGCAAAAAAUAUUUUUCUUACAGAGUAAUUUUGUCUUAUUUUCCAGUAAAAAUAUUGAAACAUCCUUUUUUACUAGAAGCACAAUAACAUAAGACAUGAUGCCUGUUUGCAUAGAAAUUUAACAACAUUGAGUCUGUGCUUAAAACAAGAAAUAAAAAAGUUUAAUAAACAAAAACACCUUUACUUAAUUUCUUUAGAUUUCUCUGAUAACAAGGUAAAAUAUCUAAUGGCAUUUUAACUGUAAUUAAAUUGAAAUGUAACUUGUUUUAAGAUUUAGAUAUUUUUACUGGAAAACAGAAAGAAAAAAAUAAACUCUGUAACAAAAUUAUUGUCAUUAUUAUUAUUUUAUGUUUUUGCAGUGUAAACCAUUAUUUUCACCAAUAAAAAAUAUCUAAACACUUAAAUAAGAUUAAUUUACGUGACAAGUUAAAUAGCAUAAGAUUUAUAAGACAUUUUAUAGAGAAUACAAGUUAGAGAAGUGUAUUUUUCUUUCCCUAUUGUCACAUUGUUAUUUCUGGUUUUAAGCAUAAAUCUAACAAGAUGCAUUAUAAAUAAAUAAAUAAACUCCCCGUGAUUUCAAGAUAUAUUCUGUGAAAAGUCUUAAAAUCUCAUGCAACUUAGUUUCUCAAGUAAAUGUGUCUUGUUUUAAGGAUGUUACUGAUUACUAAUAAGGUAAAUGUUUUUUGCAGCGUGACAACUGUUGCUUCGUGAAAACUUUGCUGUGGAUUUGUUAAUAAAAUUUAUUUUAUAAGCAAAACGUCAAAUUAAAACUCAUUAAAGUGGGUUGCUGGUGUGACGUGUUCAUGAUGUGAUCAGAGAAAUGUUAACUGGAUAUAAACUCAAACACAUGAACAUUAAAGAACAGGUUGUGUUUACAUUUAAAAGACUUGUUUACAGAUGUUAUAAAUGUGAUUCAGAAUAUAAAGAGGGCUCUUCAUGCUGAACAAACACUCUGGUGUGAAUAAGGAUGUUUUUCUGCCUUAUAACAAUCACACACAUGUUUAUAUGCUGUUAUUUUCUCUUGACAAAUGCAAAAUGGUGACAUGUUGCUUUGAAUGCAAUCAUAUCUGCAUUAAAGACUGAGAAAUUCUGUGCUGACAAUCUAGAAAAUUUAAUUAAUGUUGAAUUACCAGCUUGAAUGUAAUGUGUCCUCAUCACUACAUUAAAAAUCAUGUCAAGUCA